AUGAAAAUAAAGGAUCAAACUGAUUGUGAAACAUCUACAAAUAAAAGAUCUCUUUACAAGUCAAAUGCUCUAUGCGAAAGAACCUCUGAACAAUCCUUAAGUGAUGUGAUCCAAAAACUAACUCGGCAGAUUGAACACAUUGAAAAUAUUUCAAAAUGUCAGAAUGUCAAUAAAAAUAUUAAAGUGAAUGAUAUUAGCUGUGACGAUGAACUUAUAUAUCAGCCACCCAACAAAAUAAUUAAAUACGAUAAUGAUAUAAUUAGCACAAACUUUUGUAACUCGGAUGAAAACAGUAUUGGGUCCACCAACAAAAUUAACCCAACAACAAAACAUGUCAGUAAAAAAGUUAAAUUAGAUAAAAAUAUAAUUUUUCAAAAAGAUGUUGAUGAUUCUGAAAGUAGUGAUUCAGUAUGUUUUCCAGACCAAGCAGAUAAAUUUAAUACCUCAGUAGAACAUGUGUUUAAUGAAUUAAUGUUGGGUAAUAAUAAAAUAAGUUUUUCUACCGAGGAUCAAAGCAUGUCACAAAGCAAUGUUUCCGAAAGUAGCAUGAACAAAAGCGAUGUAUAUCUGAAUGUUGGUGAGAUUCUUGGGCCUGAAAUGUGUGAUGAUAAUCUUGAUAAUAGUAUGGAUCAAAAUAAUGUUUUGGAUCUGACUAAAUGUGAUAUUGAUGAAAUUAUUGUGCAUAGUGUAACUAACGAGGGCAUAAAUUGUACAACGCCAUUUGACAACGUAAAUUCUGUGAUACAAAAAGAUAGUGAACAGAAAACUCAAUAUUCAGGAGACAGCAUACAUGAAACGGAUUUGGGAAAAAUGGUUGUCCAAGAUAGAAAAUCAUGUGAGUCAACUAUAAACAUAGAAAAUCAAGAGACUGUAUGUAAAACGCUGAACAAUCAAGAAGAAAAUAUUUUUGAAUCAUCAAGCACAGUAGAUGAUUUGCGUGAUGUCAAUAUUCUAAAAGCUGUCCGUCCAAAAAUUAUUGAUUGUGAGAAUAAUUUUAAUCUAAAAGAUUUGUUGGAUAUCAAUGAAUAUGUAAAUGAAGAAAUGAUGUCAGAAAAUGAAAAUGUCACAUGUAAAUCGAAUCUAGAACAAAAGAAUAAAGGUACUUUAAAAAUACUAACCAUCGAAGAAGAGGAAAUGCUUACAAAACUGUUAAGCAACGAGGACGAAGAGUUAGGAAUAGUAACAGAUUAUAAAGACAAAACAACUGUGUCCCAAACUUGUGAAGAUUAUGUUAAUGAAAAUAUCUCUAAAAAGAGGAAAAUUCAAGAUGAUUUGUUGGUUGUAGCUACGCAUGUGUCUGAUGAAAAUUUUAGUAUUUUUAAUGAAGGAAUAAGUAGAUUAGAUCAAACAGACAAACCUACUAUAUCUAUGAAUUAUAGAGUUGAUAUAACAAUAUUAAAUAAUAAAGAAAUUGACAAUUCGACCGAAAGAAAGUCUCCAAGUUCAGUUACUGGUGAUGAAUUUAUAUCCAAUACAUUUUAUUUUGGAACUGAAAACUGUCGGGAUGUUUCUGUCCAUACUAUUCACUCUUUGGAUGCUUAUGAGAUGAAUAAUAGCUUAAGAAAUAAUACCACAGUCCACUCAAUGGAAAACAAUGACAGUUUAGUUUCUUUGAACAAGGACAUUGAAAACUCUAUAGUAGAGUUAUAUUGUAAUAGUGACGAUACAACACUCUCGGGGAUUGAGAAUAAAAGUUAUAAUAAUGAACAAGAAUCUGCUAGAGGAAUUAUGAAACAUACCAUCAAAGAUAUCGCGGUUUCAUUAGAAUCUUCAAAUAGUUUUCGUCUAGGCCUCAUAAAGUAA